CCAAAGGUGGUGGUCGAAGAACAGCGAAAGCCCACUUAUGUAUAAAAGUCAUUGGAGACUCCCCAAAAUCAUACAGUUCACUUCUUGAACUAACACACUAAACCUUCUUGCAUGAGCGCUACCAUGAAGCAAAUGCUGGUGGUGACUAUCUUAGUCCUCUUCGCAGUGGCAUCAAUAAAUGCCGAGGCAGAGGAGAAGAAAUCUGUUGCCAGCGACAAGAAACAGACAAAGCGUGGAUUACUGAGCUUGGGUUACGGUUACGGCAGUGAUAUUGACCACGGUUAUCUUGUGGGUCAAGGAGGCCACGACAGUGGUAUUGGUAUCGGAGGAAGUUACGGAAACUAUGACGGUUAUGCCGCCAUUGAUCUUGGUAGCAGUAUCCAAAAAACUGUAACCAUCACCAAGGGUAUCCCCAUUCCUUAUCCAGUUGAAAAACAUAUUCCUUACCCAGUAACCAAACAUGUACCUUACCCUGUCAAGGUAGCAGUGCCAGCUCCAUACCCAGUGGAGAAACCAGUACCAUACGCAGUGAGAGUACCAGUUAAGGUUGCAGUACCAGUACCCCAGCCCUACCCCGUUGAGAAGAUCGUACAUGUACCUUACAAAGUUUUCGUUGACAAGCCAUACCCAGUGAAAGUAUUAGUGCCCCAACCUUACCCAGUUACCAAACACGUUCCAUACCCAGUCAAAGUACCAGUCCCAGCACCUUACCCAGUAGAGAAACGUGUUCCAUACCCAGUUAAAGUACCAGUUCAUGUGCCACAACCUUACCCAGUAGUCAAACACGUCCCAUACCCAGUUAAAGUACCAGUUGACCGUCCAUACCCAGUGCAUGUACCCCAGCCAUACCCAGUUCAUGUUGAGAAGAAGAUCGCUGUCCCAGUAGACAGACCAGUACCAUACCCAGUCAAGGUACCAGUUGACAGACCAGUACCCUACCCAGUAGAGAAGCCAUAUCCAGUAGCAGUUAAAGUACCAUAUCCAGCACCUUACCCAGUAGAGAAACCAGUAGCUGUUCCAAUCAUCAAACAUGUUGGAGUACCAGUCAAAAUCCCAGUUGACAGGCCAUACCCAGUAACCAUUGAAAAGCACGUCCCAUACCCAGUUGAAAAGCCAGUCCCAGUACCAGUCAAGGACUACAGUGGUGAUUAUGGUUCCUACGAAGGUGGCUACCAGGGUGGUUACCAAGAAAGUUACGGAUAUGACAGCUACGGCCACAAAUAAAUCGUCUCAGAAAUCCACACUAUGUGUGCUUCUUGUAUAUUCUGUUUCUUAUUUAUGUGACUCCUAUGUUAUCUAUUCUUAAUAAAUUUCUGUUUUAUUUUUAUAA